GCUUAUAAGUGCUUUGGAGUUCGCAUUUAUCGACAGCAGCAUCAUGGAAGCGAAAGUGCUUAUCUGCAUUCUUGUUUUCCUUCUUGGAGUAAGUCACUCCGCUCGAGGCAUUGCAGACAAAUGUAGAAAGCAAAGGCAAAAGUGCCCUGACAAACACACUGCGCUAAGAAGAUACUUCUUCGAUCAGACAAAAGAGCGUUGUUCCUCUUUCUUCGCUUGUCCUGGAGAGGGAGACAACUUCUACCCAAUGAUGAAGGAUUGCGUCAAAGACUGCAGGCCAAAACAACGCCAACCAAAGUGUUUCGAGAAAGAGCUAACAACAUGCAGAGGAGAUACGCCCGGCAAGACAGCAUGGACGCACGUUCGGCAAACGAAGCAAUGUAAAGAAGUUGGAAAUGCUUGCGGUGACACCACCAAAAACAAGUUCACCUCAAAGGAUGAGUGCGAAGCAGAAUGCUUUGGUUUCACCAAGAAAGGCCUGCAAAAGAAGUUUAAACCCAAACCCCAAAACAAGAGGGGUGAAUGAAGAAGGAUACUGUGUAUUCCCUCCGAGGAACCAUGAACAGGAGUCACGCACUAAACUUCCUCUGAGUGUAAACUUUUCAAUGUAUUCUUUCCUUUCUUGCUGUACUUUGAAUUACCUGCCGUCAGCCCUGAAUAAAGGUGUGCGUAGAACCUCCA